AUGCAAGCAAACCUCCACUUUGAUCCAACUCUCACUUUCGCGGAACAAUCAACAAAGAGUUCUUCUCAAACUCUACCUAAAAAGAUUAAAGAAGAAGAAAUCCCUCGUUUUAAGGGAAAACAGAUUGAAGCAAUGAAUUUCCAGUCGGAUUUGCAGGCUAUCUUCAUUGCUAUUCUAUCCAAAUACACAACCAUUUCUAUUGGAAGACCCCACAGAAUGUCUCACAUGACAAAACAAUUUUUAAAGAUUAAAGAAAUUGAAUUCAAUCGAUUUGACAGCAUUAAUGUGCUUCAAUUCAUACAAACGAGAUCAAAAGAACAAGCUCAACAUGAAUUUGCGACGGGAAAUACUUCAAAGAAAACUGCUAAAAGAAGAAUACAACCUACCAAAAGAAGAGAAGUGAUGAGACUAUUACAAGACUUUAUAUCAGAACUCGGAUUUCUUGUUGUUGUUGAAAAUGAAACUGUUGAAGGGUACGAAGGAAAAGUUACUAUUUAUCAGAAUGGGUCUUUACUAUUUAAUACACAACAGAUCAGAGACUUCGGUAAUCAAAUCAACCAACACCUUGCCUCAAGCAUUCAAACGGCUACUUCAAUCACAGUGACAAAGGACUCAUUUAUCUUUUAA